UAAAUGUGUGUUUUGCUCCUCUACUAUCAUCACGUUGCACCAAUUCUUUCAUUUUCUCUCUUCAUUAUUUAUAUUUCCUUUUCUCUAUUCCAUUCUACCUACCAUAAGAGCUUGCGAGAAGAUCAUGGGGGAUUCUUCUGCUUCUUAUAUACACAUGGUGCACCACCUGAUAGAGAAGUGUUUGAUAUUCCACAUGACUAAAGAAGAAUGCAUGGAAGCCCUUUCUAAACAUGCGAAUAUCAAACCAGUCAUCACCUCCACUGUGUGGAAUGAGCUGGAGAAAGAAAACAAGGAGUUCUUUGAAGCCUAUGCUCAAUCUCAAAGCAAAGAAGAUAGAAUGUCCGAGGAAGAGAUAAGUCAAAUGAUCCAGAAAAUGAUCACUGAUUCCUCCAAAGCCCCUGAUGAAGACGAAGACGACUAAAAAAAUGCCAACUUCUCUCUCUGCCUGUAUUAUGAUUGCUAUAACAUACAAGAUUUUGCCCUUUUACGCAUCCAGCCAAAACCAAGAAAAAUUAAACAGCUUAGCUUAAUAAGUUUUAAUUUAGUCAGUGGUUCCUCUUCUCACAUGAGCACAAUACGGAAGAUGGCAUGGAGCAUCAAUCUAACCAGUCAAACGGUAACCCUGCAAACAUUUGUUUCAGAAUUAAUGGAGGAGAGGCUCUUGAAAUCCACACACCUAGAAUCUUCUUGCUAUUUUAUAUAUUGUCGUAUGUCUUGUUUAUUUGCGUAUAUAUAAGAUUUGGCAUGGCUUUGUCUUUGAGAA